AUGGAGUGUGAAGGACAGGUGACACCGGAAGUAAGGUCGGAGUUGAAACCAAAAUUGGGACUUGAAUUUGAUUGCUGUGACGAUGUGUUCAAUUUCUAUAAUAUGUAUGCUGCGGAAGCCGGAUUCAGCAUUCGGUGCUCUACAACGAGGACGUGCACAUUGACAGGAGAGUUAAGCCUUCUUGAGGUGCAAGUAGGGGGAUUGGAAAAUGUUGGGUUUGUUAAGAGAGAUGUCUAUAAUUAUCUAAGGGACGUGCGUGGAGAGGUGAUUGGCCAUGAUGCAGAGCUGCUUAAGGAGCAUUUUAUGGCUAUGCAAGAAAAGAAUGAAUCCUUUUAUUUCAAGAUGGAGGUAGAUUCAAAAGGAAGGAUGGAUUCAUUUGUAUGGUUGUUAGAGGAAUUCAAGAAAGCCAUGCCGGGUGAGCAACCCAAAAUGAUCAUCACUGAUCAAGAUGCAGCCAUGUCAAAGGCAAUUGCUGUAACUCUCUCGACAACAUUCCAUAGAUAUUGCAUAUGGCAUAUCUUCAAUAAGAUUAUAGAGAAACCCGGCAUUGGAGAAUGUUUUUCGGAAAUGUGUAAAUGCAUAUGGGGUAUGGACAAGAAAGAAGAAUUUGAUGCGAAAGGGGAGGAAAUCAUCACAAACUAUGGGCUGCAAGACCAUACUUAG